AUGACUGAUAAUGGAAUCGGGCCCGAUCUAGUCACUCACAACGUAAUCCUGUCAGCAUACAAAACCGGAUCACAGUACUCAAAAGCAAUCGCGUAUUUCGAUCUUAUGAAGAGCACAAAUAAUGUCCAUCCAGACACAACGACCCUCAAUAUCGUUAUACAUUGCCUCGUUAAGCUCGGGAGAUUCGAGGAAGCCGUUCGAAUUUUCAAUUCGAUGGGAGAUAAAAGUUCCGUAUCAUCCCCUCCGGAUAUUGUUACUUACACGAGCAUCAUGCAUAUGUACUCUAUUUGUGGGCAGGCCGAAAACUGCCGAGCGGUUUUCAGCACAAUGCUUGCUGAGGGUUUAAAACCGAACAUCGUCUCGUACAACACUUUGCUUGGUUCGUACGCCUCGCUCGGUCAGAGCGAACAAGCCAUGUCGAUUUUUCUCGAGAUGAAAGAGCGUGGUGGGGUCCACCCGGACGUCGUGACUUACACUUCUUUGCUAAAUGCGUUCGGAAGAUCACAACAGCCCGAAAAGGCCCGGGAAGUAUUCGACAUGAUGAGAAAAAACAAUUGCAAGCCGAAUUUGGUGACUUACAAUGCUCUUAUCGAUGCAUAUGGAUCGAACGGCUUUCUAGCUCAAGCUGUUGAGCUUCUGCGUGAAAUGGAUGAAGUUGGGAUACAGCCAAAUGUUGUCUCGAUCAGUACGUUACUGGCCGCGUGUGGUAGGUCUUGUGAAAGGGUGAAGAUCGAUUCGGUACUUAAAGCCGCUAACUUGCGAGGGAUAAAAUUGAACACGAUUGCUUACAACUCUGCUAUUGGGAGUUAUAUGAAUGUUGGGGAAUAUUGUAAAGCUGUAGAUAUUUACAGGAAGAUGAGGGAAAAGAUGGUUAAGCCCGAUUCUGUGACUUUUAAUGUUUUGAUUAGCGGAUGUUGUAAGAUGUCGAGAUUUAGUGAAGCGAUAGAAUUUCUUGCUGAGAUGAGGGAUCUGAAGAUUCCUUUGUCGACCGAGGUUUAUUCGUCUGCAAUUUGUGCUUAUAGCCAACAGGGUCAGCUUGCUGAAGCUGAAUCAUUGUUCAGCACGAUGAAAAUGGAUGGUUUGCAUCCAGAUGUUAUCGCCUAUACAGCAAUGCUGCAUGCUUAUAGUUCUGCAGAGCAAUGGGAGAAAGCUUUUGGAGUUUUUCAAGAGAUGGAAGUAAAUGGUGUCCAGCCAGAUUCAGUUGCUUGUUCAGCUCUUAUGAGAGCUUUCAAUCGUGGAUCUGAACCGGGCAAAAUCAUCCUUAUUGCUGAGUUUAUGAGAGAGAAAAAGCUCGUUUUCGAUGAUGCCGUGUUCUUUGAAAUAGUUUCUGCCUGCAGCAUUUUGCGAGAUUGGAAGACCUUGACUGAAGUUAUUCAAAUGAUGGAGUGUUAUCUUCCUCGUAUAUCAGUUGGAACUUUGAACCAUCUUAUCCAUUGUUUCGGAAAAGUUGGCAAAAUUGACACCAUGAUGAAGUUGUUUCUGAAAGUAGUCGCAUCGGGUGCACAAAUCGACUCGAGUACAUACACAGUUUUGUUGAAGAAUCUUUUAGCUGCUGGGAAUUGGAGAAAAUAUAUCGAGGUCAUGCAAUGGAUGGACGAUGCUGGAAUUCCACCUUCUGCUCACAUCUAUAACAGCUUAUUGUCUUACGCUCAGACGAGCUGCGGACCUGAAAAUGCUGCGGUUAUAAGAAAGCGUACGGAAUCAUUGAGGAUGAAAUCUGGUUCAUCGAUUUCAAGCGCCGAAGAACGCGACCGAACUCUUACAACCAAUGCAUUGAUGAGUAGCACCAGCUAA